CCUCCUCUUGGAGUUUCUUGAUCACAGUCAUGCAUGAACCUUGAAGGAAGCAAUCCUUUUAAUAGCCAAGUAUCAGAGAUCAGUUCUACUUGUCUUCCUUGGCUCCUCAGCACAGGCAUGAAUAAGUAACCAGCAGCAUAGAGUAACUUCUUCAUGGAAAAGAACAGAUAGGUGUUCUCUGUAAUAAGAGAAGUAUCCAGUCUACAGCAUGGAUCCGAUUCAUCCUCUAUCAGCUGAUAUUAGGAGCUGCAUGCAGGAGGUGGAUUACACAGGAGGGCACCCUUAUAGAGACACCAUCACAGAGCUGGAGAAGCACACUACUGGCACUGCCCAUCUGUACCCUGACUGUACCUUGGCUGAAGGGCAAGAAGAUCUAUAUAACCAGCACACAACUUCAGAAAAGUCUGAGCACCUUGCACAGGGUCUGGGUGAGGAUCAGAGGUUUGGAGGUGGAGUAAAGGUGCAAGGUGAGUCUGGGACUUGUCUCACAAAGGAGAGUUCCUUAGGAAUGUCAAGCAGAGAGUGUAUUCAGAGGAGAAAAUGGAAGCUAGAAGAAAGAAGCCUAAGUUGGGAUGUGCUAGACACCGGUGGCUUUGCAGGUGAGCUCCACCAGGACAAUGGAGGGGACAUGGUAGAAGUAAAGCUGGAGAAAGCAGAGGGCAGUCAGCCCAAACAGAUGAAUGUUAUUCUGUAUAAGAUGGAAGAGGAUCAGUCCAGACUGUGGAGUGAAGGGCACAACCUCUCCAGGGCACACACCGAGCAUGCCACCACUAAACCCAGCCCCUCUAUAGAAGGAGAUGACAGGAUGAGGAAGGUGAAGUUAUACCGGAGGGCACAGAGUGAGAACCUGGUCUCCUACCUGCAGGGCAGUAUCCGGGCACUCACCCGUUCUGCCUCAGAGAGCAGUGAUGGGCACAGACAGGUCACCAGGCUGUCACUGCAGAGAAUUGGGAAAUCGCACAGCACUGACCACUUACUGGAAGGUGUGGAGAAGAUGGUAAGUAGCGUCCAUGCUUUAAUGUGCUCCAGUAUUCAAGUCCAAGCCCAGGGGAUCUCCAAAAACAGCCAUGACAAGGGGAAGGAGCCUCUUGCGAGGAGCAGGGGGCCACCCAAGCGCAUAUACCAGCUGGAGGCAUCCUGUAAGGACAACCUCAGCGAUUCAGAGGAGGAGAGGACCCGAUAUACACGAGAGGAUCCUGGACUACAUGCAGCUGCGGAGGAGGGAACUUUAUGGAACAUAGGAGCUGCGCAAAAUGCAAAGCCCCCAGAAGACACUCCUCCCAGUCCCUGUACUGAGGUGGUUAAAGGGGUCUUCUCAGGAGAAACCGUACCCCAGGCUAGGAACUCUUCUGAGCCCAAGCAAGGUGACCCGGAGGAAGACAAGGUCCUCUCGGUAGCAGAUGCCCGGAGAGCCUUUGAGGCUUCAAGCACUUCCAAACGCAAAGCAGUAGCUUCUCACUCCAAGAGGGGGGGUGGGCUAUGUCGGCAGGACUGAAACUAUAUUGCGAUUGCUGCAUACAACAAAACCACUCCUGCCUACUGUGGCUGCAGGAUGUUGUGGCGACGUCAUGCCACUGUUAUUGACUACCACAUCCAGGAGGUUAAAUGGCUGUGAUGAGUUAUCUCCUGUCCCAGCUAUUGGAGGUGGGUGUUGGCUGUAUAACACUGCACCCAUCAUGUAUGGAGUGUGCUCCCCAGUCCACAUUGUGAUGUUCAUUCACAUAUGUUAUAUGUUGGGGAGGGAUUAAACAGAUAUUGUGAUUUGUGUAUUUGCUAUAAAGCUCUAUGGGUAGUGGUUCCAUCAUUUUUGCCAGGGGUUGUUUUCUUGAAAAUCUAUUCACCUAUUGUGAAUAAAAACCACAUGGUAUUUAGCACUUGGUGCUUUCUCAUUUGCUAUGGUUUUACCCACUUUUAUGUGGAAAAACCACAGCGUUAAAAACAUGAAAACAAUCAUCCUUUUUUAUGUUGUGUGAUCACAUGUGCUGUCAUAUCACCACUGCAUGAAGAGUAGAAGGAGCCCACAAGUGAGCAUGUCCGGUAUAGUGGGGACAAUUGUAGUGUCAGUAAAGCCAGGUAUAGUACACUCAUAUAUUCAUGUUACUCAAACUAUUCAAGAUUGUGACCUAGACAGUGGCCCUAAUAUGUCAGAUAAAUAUAGCAGAAUGUAGAAUUCCUGGCUGAAAGGGUUUUUUAUUGUAAUAAGCACCAGAGUCAGUAAAGAGUUAAACUUCUGUUGUACUCACCCUAGAGAGAAAGCAAUGUCAUGCUAUGAGCUAAACCUGGACAUAAAAGGGUAACGCUUUCCCUAUGUGGAUUCCAGAUUUUGUGUGGGUACUAAGAGCGGUUGUUACCGAAGAUGGUAAUCUCCCAAAGAGCGGUGUGCGACCUAUUUUUGGCCAUAUAAAUGUGUUUGAGUGUUAAUCUCCCAGUAUGUAAAACAAACCGCUGGUUCUCUUUGUUGGUCUUUCUAAAAGCCUUGUGGUGCGGGCGAAUAAUAUAGCUGGGUGUAGCCAGUUCCUCAAGCCUGUAGAUGUGUUGUAGAAAUCCAAAAACUAGGAAUGCUUACCAG